AUGGAGUACUCUCAUCACUACAAUGCGGACCGCUUGUCCCCACAGACAGAGGCCACCGCGGCCGUCUGUAUGCAGAAUCUUUCCAACUGGAUGCCCGCCGUCGAUGAAAUUCGCACCUGGCCAGAGUACACGGCCCAACAACCCCUUCGCGCUCUCCCCAACCUCGCACACAAAUUGGGAAUCCAGGAAAUAUUUGUCAAAGAUGAGAGCAGACGCUUUGGAACCGAGCUGGGCUCCUUCAAGGCGCUGGGUGCCCCUUACUCGGUUUAUAUGAUCUUAGCUGAGGAGGUGCAUGCGAAGAUGGGUGUCUGGCCCUCGGCAGCUGAGCUCCGCACCGACAAGUAUCGUGAUAUCACGCAGCGCGUCACUGUCUGCGUCGCGACGGACGGUAACCAAGGUCGUGGGUUAGCAUACGGUGCUAAGAUUUUCGGCUGCCGCUGCGUCGACUACAUUCACAACCAUGUCAGCGAGGGUCGCGCCAAGCGUAUGAUGGACUUGGGUGCGGUUGUGAUUCGAAUUGACGGUGAAUAUGAAGCUUCGGUUAACCGGGCUAAGGAAGAUGCUCGCAUGAACGGCUGGUACUUCGUCAGCAGCACCUCCUGGUCUGACUUUGAUGGAGAUGUGCCUCAGCACGUAAUGAACGCCUACAUGGUCGUCCUCGAGGAGGCGGUCGCAUUGAUUCCUCAACUCGAUCGCAUCUCUCACGUUUUUGUGUGCGGUGGUGUUGGUAGUAUUGCUGCUGCCAUUUUCCAAGGCUUCUACACUCAUCUUCGUGGAAACCAGAAGGUGCCUGCUAAAGUGCCCCGCUUUAUUGUUGUUGAGCCUUCUGAGGCAGACUGUCUCCUGCAGAGCGCGAAGAAUGGCGAGGCUCAUCAGUCCGAAGGUACGCUCCAUACUCUGAUGGCUGGUCUGGCUUGUCGCGCACCUUCUCCAGCGGCGUGGAAGCUCCUCACCUGGUUAACCAGUGACUUCAUUGCGGUUCCCGAUUCCGUUGCGGUGGAGGGCAUGAAGGCGCUGGCUGAUGGCCACGAGGGCGAUAUUCCCGUGGUAUGUGGUGAGUCGUCAGCUGCCAGUCUGGGCGUUAUGCUAGGAUCUGGCUCAGAUUCGAGCCUUCGUGAGAAACUGGGACUGGAUGAGAAUAGUCAGGUCGUGAUCUUCGGCCUCGAGGGCGCAACUGACCCUGAGAUCUACGAGUCUCUAGUGGGAAAAUCGCCCGCUGCCGUGUUCGAGGCUCAAGAUCGUUUCGUUGCUCAAAGCUCGAAGUGA